GUUUUUCCUUCCCCUAGCAACCAACCCACCAACCACCCAAACUCUACCCCUACACCCCCCCCUGCCACUAACUGAGUGUGAUGCAACCUGCCUCAACCCAGCGGUAUAAAGCCCACUCCAUCGCCCACAUCUCCCUUUCCCUCUCCCUCCCUCGUCCAUCCGUUCUUCAACCUCACCACAACGCUCAUCAACUCACAGCUGCGUCUACUUUCAACGCGUAAUUUCGCCCACCUCCACUUUUCAAAAACCUUUUCGAAAACCCAACUCUUACGCCAAAGAUGUCUUCCGGAGGCAAAGGUGGAAAAGCUGCCAGUGGCAAGCCUUCUCAGAGCCGUUCUUCUAAGGCCGGUCUCGCUUUCCCCGUCGGUCGUGUUCAUCGUCUUUUGAGGAAGGGAAACUAUGCUCAACGUGUCGGUGCCGGCGCUCCUGUCUAUCUCGCUGCCGUUCUUGAGUACCUUGCUGCCGAAAUCCUCGAGUUGGCUGGUAAUGCUGCCCGUGAUAACAAGAAGACUCGUAUCAUUCCUCGUCAUCUUCAGCUUGCCAUUCGCAAUGAUGAGGAAUUGAACAAGCUUCUUGGCCACGUCACUAUCGCCCAAGGUGGUGUCUUGCCUAACAUUCACCAAAACCUUCUCCCCAAGAAGUCUGGAAAGGGUGGUGCCAAGGGCGCCUCUCAGGAGUUGUAAACUUCUUCCUUUUUCGAUUUCAAAUAAAUAAAAAUAAUUCUGCGCAAAUCAACGCGUUUUGUCUGGCUUCUUUGAUCGGUCCGGGUGUGAUUUUUUUGUGUGGAAAUGUGAAAAAGAUCCGAGGAUGAGGGAUACAGGAGAUGGGACGACGGGAAAGCGAGUGGUUGAUCAAAUAAAUUUUAUGGGUGGUUAUCGCUGGUGUUUUUCUAGUCACUUCUUUUCCCUUGGUUUCGGGUUACGAUCACAAAUUCAAACUCGAUAAACUUCUUUGGGAUUUGGGUUUUUCUUUUCUUUUCCAUUUUUUCUAUUUCUUCGUGGGCAUUUAUCAUGUAUUAUAGGCGUGUUUGAUUCAAUGAUUGGGGGGGGUCUAUUUCAUGUAACUGUCUACGCAAAUGGAAUCGUUGGUUUGAUAUGCUAUAA